UCUGCUGCUAGUUGCUCAGCUGGCUUCUCCAGGGAAGGGCAGGCACCAAAAAAUUUGCCUGUCUUUGCUGCCUGUUGGCCAUGAGUGAACUCUCAUUUUCAACCCCCAUUGGGUCCUUGGGACGCCAAGCAAACAGAGGCUCCCAGCGCUCCUCAGAGGAGGUUCCUGCAGCUGCUUCAAAGCCUCGACACAGCCUGGGCAUCCUCCAUGCCUCCUACAGCGUCAGCUAUCACGUCGGGCCCUGGUGGGACACUGCAUCUUCCUGGCAGCGGUGGGACAGGCAGAUCCUCAAAGAAGUCUCCUUGUAUGUGGAGAGCGGGCAGCUCGUGUGCAUCCUGGGGAGCUCAGGCUCGGGGAAAAGCACGCUGCUGGACGCCAUGUCCGGGAGGCUGCGGCGCCAGGGGACCUUCCUGGGGGAGGUGUGCGUGAACGGCCGCGCGCUGCGCAGGGACCAGUUCCAGGACUGCUUCUCCUACGUCCUGCAGAGCAACACUCUGCUGAGCAACCUCACGGUGCGCGAGACGCUGCGCUACACCGCGCUGCUGGCCACCCGCGGCGGCUCCCGCGGCUGCUUCCAGAGGAAGGUGGAGGCAGUCAUGGCAGAGCUGAGUCUGAGCCACGUAGCGGACCGACUGAUUGGCAACUACAACUUUGGGGGAAUUUCCAAUGGUGAGCGGCGCCGGGUGUCCAUCGCAGCCCAGCUCCUCCAGGAUCCCACAAUCAUGCUGUUUGAUGAGCCAACCACAGGCCUGGACUGCAUGACUGCAAAUCAGAUCGUCAUCCUCCUAGCAGAGCUGGCUCGAAGGGACCGCAUCGUGAUCGUCACCACCCACCAGCCCCGCUCCGAGCUCUUCCAGCUCUUUGACAAAAUCGCCAUUCUGAGCUACGGAGAGCUGGUUUUCUGUGGGACACCAGUGGAAAUGCUUGAUUUCUUCAAUGACUGUGGCUAUCCUUGUCCCGAACAUUCAAACCCUUUUGAUUUUUACAUGGACCUGACAUCAGUGGAUACCCAAAGCAAAGAACGGGAAAUAGAAACCUACAAGCGAGUGCAGAUGAUUGAAUCUGCCUACAAAAAAUCAGCAAUUUAUCACAAAACCUUGGAGAAUAUUAAAAGGACAAAACAUCUGAAAAUAUUACCAAUGGUUCCUUUCAAAACCAAAGAUUCUCCUGGAGCUCUCUUUAAACUGUGUGUUCUCUUGAGGAGAGUGACGAGAAACCUGAUGCGAAAUAAGCUGGCAGUGAUCAUGCGUCUCGUUCAGAACCUGAUCGUGGGUUUGUCCGUCAUUUUCUUCCUUCUACGGGUCCAGAACGAUGUGCUAAAGGGUGCUGUCCAGGACCACGUGGGUCUCCUUUACCAGUUUGUGGGUGCCACCCCAUACACAGGCAUGCUCAAUGCUGUGAAUCUGUUUCCUGUACUGCAAGCUGUCAGCGACCAGGAGAGCCAGGAUGGCCUGUACCAGAAGUGGCAGAUGCUGCUGGCCUAUGUGCUGCACGUCCUCCCCUUCAGUGUCAUUGCCACUGUGAUGUUCAGCAGUGUGAGCUACUGGACUCUGGGCUUAUACCCUGAGGCUGCCAGAUUUGGAUAUUUCUCUGCUGCUCUCUUGGCCUCCCACUUAAUUGGUGAAUUUCUAAACCUUGUGCUACUUGGUAUGGUCCAAAACCCAAAUGUGGUCAACAGUAUAGUGGCUCUGCUCAGCAUUGCUGGAGUGCUUGUGGGAUCUGGAUUCCUAAGAAACGUAGAAGAAAUGCCCAUUCCUUUUAAAAUCCUCCAUUAUUUUACAUUCCAAAAAUACUGCUGUGAGAUUCUUGUGGUCAAUGAGUUCUAUGGACUCAAUUUCACUUGUGGCAGCUCAAAUGGUUCUGUGAAUAUUAAUCCAAUGUGUGCCCUCAGUCAAGGAAUUCAAUUCAUUGAGAGAACCUGCCCAGGUGCAACAUCCAGAUUCACAACAAACUUUCUGGUUUUGUAUGCAUUUAUCCCAGUUCUUGUCAUCCUAGGAAUAGCUGUUUUCAAAAUAAGGGAUCUUCUCUUUAGCAGAUAGUAGAGAACAUUGCUACAAA